GGAAGGGCGCCCGCCCGCCCCAGCAUGCACCGCGAGCGCGAUCACGCGCGCCGCUUGCGCCAAGCCGUCCGGGCGCCCAGGCUGGGACGGGGUGAAAUGGCAGCCUCUUCCUCAUCCUCUUCAGCUGGUGGAGUGAGCGGCAGCUCUGUAACAGGAUCGGGGUUCAGUGUUUCGGACCUAGCACCACCCCGAAAAGCCCUCUUCACUUACCCCAAAGGAGCCGGGGAGAUGCUGGAAGAUGGCUCCGAAAGAUUCCUCUGUGAAUCUGUCUUCAGCUAUCAGGUUGCAUCUACAUUAAAGCAAGUGAAACACGAUCAACAAGUCGCACGGAUGGAAAAACUAGCCGGUCUGGUGGAAGAGCUGGAGGCAGAUGAGUGGAGGUACAAGCCAAUAGAGCAGCUCCUGGGAUUCACUCCCUCCUCAGGCUAAGCGUGGCUGGAUCGCUGCUGUCAGGGAGCAGAAGAAAAACAUUCUCUGGCCUGGCUUCAAAACACACCCCCAUUUAUCAGGAUGCUGACAGCUGCAUCAGCAGGACUGGGCUUUUUGUUUUUUUAAGUUGAAAGUGGGGAUCCCCCGCAAAGGUGCCAGUAAAUGGAAAUGACGGGAUUCUUCAAGUCCUCUGCAGCGUUACAGGCUGGCAGGGCUCAGUUUCUGUAACUUAGAAGGUAGGAUCAGUUUUACAGAACUCAAGAGAAUCACCUUAUUGUUUACAGAGGUGGUGGCAGGGGAAAGCAACGCAGUAACUCAGCCUGGCCUUUCCCCAGUGCGUGGCCGAAGGGCCGGGUGACCGGCGGGCUGGGAAGCCUGCAUCUUUGCCGCUCAAGCCAGGCCUCUGUAGAGCGGAAGUACGACGCCCUGCCAAAAACGCUCUUCAGCCCUAGCCGUUGUUUUGGGGGAUGAACAGGACGAGAACUGUCCCGGGUCAGUUGAGAGGGGGCAAGCGGUGACACUUUCUCCAGAGGUACCUCAUGUAUCACUGAAGCUGUUUUCUCUCCGUUGCUGUUUCUCUUGUGUCUGCAUAGCGAGUACCAGUAGACACUGCUCUCUAAUGCAGAAGGUGUAUCUUUAAUACCCUGAAACUCUUUUUUUCCUCUUUAUUAUAUAUUAGAUUGCUCUGUGAUAAUAAAAUAAUUCUGUCUUUGAAA